AAUAAAUCAAAAUGAUAAAAAAUCAAGAAGUUCAUCUCUAAAAAAAUUAUGAGAAAGAAAAGAAAAAAAUGAAAAAUUAAAAUUAUUUUAAGAAGAAAAGUUGAAAAAAGUUUUACACAAAAAAAUUGGAAUUAAAACAAAAAAUUCAAAGAAAAAAUCAUCAAAAUAAGCAGAAUGCAAGAAAUAAAUGCUUUUUGAUGACAAAAAAAUAUUCUAAGGAAACAAAACGUUUUUAUCUGUUUUUGAUUGGAAAUUAGAGAAGGCAACGCAAAGCAGCAGUUUGAAAUAAAAAAGCAUCUUCUUUUUGAUACAAAAAAACAAGAAAACAGACAGAAAUAAACAUGGCUUUCAAGUAUAUUUUCAUCGUAUUCCUAACGCUUGUCACAAUCACAAUCACAGAAGUAACAUCACAGCAUCGUCCACAGAACGAGUGCCAUUGGGAAUUUAAUAAAACAAAUCAUAUUGUGUGUAAUAUAAGAACUAUAGAUAUAACAAAUAACGCAGAUCUACUGCAGGACGCUGAUGGCAGUAGUCGAUUAGAUAUAGUGUGUGAUGAUACAGUGUUUAUAGAAAGUCAAUUACAAAAAAAUAUAUUUAAACAAUUAACGAGUAUAAGUGAACUGGUGCUUGAAUCGUGUAAAUUAUUAAAAUUAUCAGAACAUUCGUUCGAUGGACUUAAUGGACUGAAGAAGCUCACAAUAAAUACAAGAAAUUCAAAUUGGGGAUCAGUACGGUCCCUAGAUGUGCAACCAUUAACAUUGAGUGGCCUAUCGAAGCUCGUCUAUUUCGAGAUUUCUGACUCAAAUUUGCGUGUGAUACCAGAUGGAUUUUACUGUCCAAUAAAUAGUCUACAAGUGCUAAAUCUUACGCGUAAUCGAAUACGCUCAACAGAUCAUUUAGGCUUCACAUUACCAUCAACAGUUGAGUGCGGUGAUGCAUCGCUACAAGAGCUACAAUCACUAGAUCUUAGUUUCAAUGAACUUCAACAGCUUCCAGAGAAUUGGGCUCUUUCAAAGUUACGAAGACUUCAACAUCUUUAUUUACAAAAUAAUAACAUUAGUGAACUGAAUAGUGAAGCUUUUGCAGGCCUUAACUCAUUAAGAACAUUGAAUCUUAGCCAUAAUCAUCUCGAGCAAUUGCCAGACGGUCUCUUUUUCAAUGCACGGGAGCUACGUGAGAUUCAUUUACAAGGCAAUGAGAUCUUCCAAUUGCCACGCUCACUCUUUCAUCGCCUCGAGCAAUUGCUAAUCUUGGAUUUGUCUGAGAAUCAACUGACAAGUCAUCAUGUUGAUAAUGGAACAUUUGCUGGUCUCAUACGACUCAUCAUUUUGAAUUUAUCACACAAUGCUCUUACACGAAUCGACUCGAGGACAUUCAAAGAAUUGUAUUUCCUUCAAAUUCUCAAUCUUAGGAACAAUUCAAUUGGAUAUGUUGAGGAUAAUGCAUUUGCACCACUUUAUAAUCUUCAUACACUAAAUCUUGCUGAGAAUAGACUACAUACGUUAGGUGAUAAUAUCUUUAAUGGAUUAAAAGUGCUUUCGAAAUUAACAUUAAAUAAUAAUCUCAUAAGUAUCGUUGAGCCAAAGGUCUUCAGUAAUUGUUCGGACUUGAAAGAGCUUGAUUUAAGUUCGAAUCAAUUGACAGAUGUACCAGAUGCGGUGAAAGGUCUUACUGUACUCAAGACACUUGAUUUAGGCGAGAAUCAAAUUACUCAUUUUAAAGCCGGUGCAUUCCAGAAUCUUAAUCAAUUGACUGGUUUGAGGCUGAUCGAUAAUCAAAUUGAGAACAUUACCAAAGGCAUGUUUGAGAGCUUACCACAUCUCAGUGUUUUGAAUUUAGCCAAAAAUCGGAUUCAAUCAAUUGAACGAGGUUCAUUUGAUGGUAAUACGGAAAUCGAGGCAAUCCGUAUGGAUGGAAAUUUCGUAUCAGAUAUAAAUGGAAUAUUCUCAACACUCGCAUCACUCAUGUGGUUGAAUUUAGCUGAAAAUCAUCUCGUUUGGUUCGAUUAUGCAUUCAUCCCGAAAAAUCUCAAGUGGCUUGAUAUCCACAGCAACUACGUUGAGUCACUAGGCAACUACUAUAAAUUACAAGAGGAAAUUCAAAUAAAGACACUCGAUGCAAGUCACAAUCGCAUAUCAGAAAUUGGACCAAUGAAUGUGCCAAAUAGUAUUGAAUUGAUGUUCAUAAAUAACAAUCAUAUAAGCAAAAUUCAACCAAAUACAUUUAUCGAUAAAACAAAAUUAAUUCGUGUCGAUUUGUAUGCAAAUAGUAUGACAAAAUUACAAUUACAUCAGUUACGCAUUGCACCGAGCAUGGCAUCGGGAGUAUCACGUUCUGCACACGAGCCAUUACCGGAAUUUUAUCUUGGUGGAAAUCCAUUUGAAUGUGAUUGUAAUAUGGAGUGGAUACAACGUGUCAAUAAUUUUACAUCGCGACAACAUCCAAAAAUUAUGGACCUGCCAAAUAUUGAAUGCGUUAUGCCACACUCGAGAGGACAACAAAUUCGUCCAAUAAUGCAACUCGAUGUCACAGAAUUCCUAUGCAAUUAUGAAUCACAUUGUUUUUCACUUUGCAGUUGCUGUGAUUAUGAAGAUUGUGAAUGUGAUAUGAAAUGUCCAACGAAUUGUAGCUGCUAUCAUGAUCAAACGUGGGGAACAAAUAUGGUUGAUUGUGGUAAACAGGAAACGCAAAGAUUUCCUCAACGCAUACCGCUCGAUGCAACGGAAUUUUAUUUAGACGGAAACAACUAUCCAGAACUCGAUAGUGGACUCUUCCGUCAACACAAUAAAUUGCGACAUUUGUAUGUUAAUAAUAGCCAAAUUGAGGUCAUUAGAAAUAGAACAUUCUUCGGUUUAACAUCAUUGCAGACAUUGUAUCUUCAUGAUAAUCAAAUUUCAAAGUUAUAUGGUUAUGAGUUUGAGCAAUUGCAUCGUUUACGCGAAUUAUACUUGCAAAAUAAUAAACUGACAUUCAUUGCAAAUGAAACAUUUUCCCAUUUGAGAUCACUCAAUAUUUUACGUAUUGACGGUAACUCAUUAAUCAACAUACAAAUUUGGCAAAUGAUUCCAAAUGGCCAACAAAUGCAGGCAUUAGCAAUCGGUAGAAAUCCAUGGAGUUGCCGUUGUCGUUUCCUUCAACAAAUGACACAAUUUGUAGCCGACAAUGCGAUGAUUGUGCAAGACUCUCAAGAUGUAUUCUGUAUUGAUGAAGAGACACGCGCAAAACGCGAAUUGGACUUGAACUCAUCAUCAGUAUGCAGCGACUAUUAUGCUGAUAGCUCAUCUGGCCUUCCACAUCUCAUAUCGAAUGGAUAUAUUCCAUUAAUGAUCACGCUAUUGGCUACCAUUUGCCUUCUUGUAUUAUUCGCAAUAUUAUUUGUGUUUCGUGAACCGUUACGUCUAUGGCUAUUUGCUCAUUAUGGUGUGCGUGUUUUCGGACCGCCUUGUGAGGAUAAUGACAAGUUAUAUGAUGCAGUCUUUCUUCAUUCCGCCAAAGACACAGAAUACAUCAUUAAACACAUUGCAACUGAAAUGGAAAAUGGAACGGGUCGACCAAUGUUUCGGUUAUGUCUACAACAUCGCGAUUUGGCUGAGGAUGCGACCUAUAUUCAAUUGCUCGAAACAAUUUGUGCAUCGAAAAAAAUUGUCAUUUUGUUGACGAGAAAUUUUCUUCAGACUGAAUGGACACGUUAUGACUUAAAACGUGCGAUUCAUGAGUCAUUACGUGGACGUCCACACAAAUUGGUGAUUGUUGAAGAUCCGGAUGUGUUACUUGAUGCUGAGAGUGACAUUGAGCUGUUGCCAUAUAUGAAGACAUCAGCAGUCAAGAGAAUUCGACGAAAUGAUAGACAAUUCUGGGAUAAAUUGCGAUAUGCAUUGCCUGUGGAGGUUGUAUAUCGUGGAAAUAACUACACAUUAGACCAUCAACGUCCACACUAUCAAUCACAUACAAUUCCUCAUCAUCAUAUGGUCAUGCACCAUGAGCGCUUUAAGCAUGCCAAUGGAAAUGGCACAAUCAAUAGUGGAAUGAUGUAUCCUCAUCAUCAUCGUCAAGCGCCACCACCAGCAUACAAUAUGCCUGGUGAAAUGGAUGAGACAAAUUACUCAUCGGCAACGACAGCAACCCCUAGUCCACGUCCGGUACGACAUGAUAGUACAUUACAACAGCAUCAUCAUCAUCCGAUUCAUCUCAUAGCGAAUCCAAUAGUACAACCACAGACGCCACAAAAUAUUCAAAACAUCCACCGUGCACCAUCUGAGCACAUUUACUCGAGCAUUGACUCCGAUUAUGGCGGAUAUGAUCCACAACAUCAUCUCCUUAUGCAUGCACAACAUCAACAGCAAUCGAGUAUAAGCUCAAAUGCUAGCGUACAUCGACCAAUUCCAACAUGGCGCAAUAAUAAUAAUUUUAUUGUUGAUAGCUCGACGUCUACUAAUGGCAGUAAUCCACAAGCACCAUCAUAUUUGGUAUAAUAUAUUAUGUAUUGAAGUAAUGUGUUUAGAUGUGGGGAGAUUCAGCACAUUUUGGCACAAAAAGAAAAGUUUUAAAUUUUAAUAGUCUGGAAUGAAAAAUUUAUAAUUCAUCUGAUUAAAUACCUUCAGUUCCCCACAUGAAAUCAUCACAUAUUAAACCAAAAUAUAUUGCCGUCGCAAUUAUGUGUCUCUGAGUCAUUUAGUCUCUUUGUUCUCUAAAAUAAAAGAUUUCUUUUUUUUCCUUUUGUAAUGAAAUGAAAAACAAAUAGACACACAUAAAAAAAUUUUUAUGAAAAAAAAAAAUGAAAAGUAUUGAGCAAAUCACAUUUCCAAAUGGAUUUUGUUUAAACUUAGUGAUAAUAGUUGAUAAGAAAAAAAAGUGAACACAGAAAAAGAAUUACGAAAAAAUUUGUAAAUUAAAAAAAAAAUUUGCUUUAAGUGUGACGUAGCUAGGCAAUUAUGGAAGUGGGUGCAGCAUAUGCUGAUUUCAUUUUCCUUUUAUUUGUUAAAACAACUGACUUUUCCAAAUACUCCAUAAUUGCUUAUCAAAAAAUACACAAGAACGUCGUGAAUAAUAGACCGACAAAAAAAAUUGAAAUAAGUAAAUAUUGUAAAAAAAUGAGUUUUUAAGUUUUAGACUAUGAAUUACAGGCUUUAGAUAUAAUUUUCAUAAAAAUACGAUUAUUACUGUGUAUUGUGUAAAUGCUGUAUAUGUUAAACUCUAAUUAUUAUUAUUAUUAUUGCUAUUAUUAUCAAUCAUUUAUAAAUUUUCCGCACAACAAACAACUUUUUUCAUUUAAUCCAAGAAAAAAAUAAGUAAAAAACAUUUUAAACAUGAAAAUAAACUGAAAAAAUAUAAAUUAAUGUAAAAAGCUAUUUUUUAAACAAAAAAAAAAAAGAAUCGACGAAGAAAAUGAACAGUCAGUGACUAAUUU